UCGUGAUCUAGUGCAAGCCGAAGAAAUGCAGGCAAGAAUGCAAGAAGUCUUGCCCUGUAGUCCGCACUGGCAAGCUGUGCAUCGAAGUCACCAACGACUCCAAGAUUGCCUUCAUCUCUGAGCGCCUGUGUAUCGGUUGCGGUAUCUGCCCGAAGAAAUGCCCUUUCGACGCCAUCAACAUCAUCAAUUUGCCCACCAACCUCGAGACUCAAGUCACCCAUCGAUACUCCGCGAACAGUUUCAAGCUGCACAGACUGCCCAUGCCUCGUCCCGGACAGGUUUUGGGUCUUGUCGGAACGAACGGUAUUGGCAAGAGUACCGCGCUCAAGAUUCUCAGUGGCAAGCUCAAGCCCAACCUGGGACGCUACGACAACCCACCUGACUGGGAGGAGAUUCUGAAGUACUUCCGUGGCUCUGAGCUGCAGAACUACUUCACCAAAAUCCUCGAAGACAACCUCAAGGCCGUCGUCAAGCCCCAGUAUGUCGACCAGAUCCCUAAGGCUAUCAAGGGCACUGAGAGGGCGGUUGGAAAGCUUAUCGGCGCCCGCUCACAAAUGGAGAACCUCGACGAAAUGAUUGAUGAGCUCGAGCUGAGGCACAUCUUCGACCGUGAGGUCAAUUUGCUCUCUGGUGGAGAGCUUCAGCGCUUCGCCAUCGCCCUUGUCUGCGUGCAGAAGGCUGAUGUGUACAUGUUCGACGAGCCCUCCUCGUUUUUGGAUGUCAAGCAGCGUCUUGCCGCCGCUCGCAAGAUCCGUAGCUUGCUUCGCCCUGACGACUACGUUAUCUGCGUUGAGCACGAUUUGUCCGUUCUCGACUACCUUUCCGACUUCAUUUGUGUUCUCUACGGAAAGCCCGCUGUUUACGGUGUUGUCACACUUCCCGCGUCCGUUCGUGAAGGCAUCAAUAUCUUCUUGGACGGUAACAUCCCUACAGAGAACCUGCGUUUCCGUGAGGAAUCGCUGCAGUUCCGUAUUGGAGAGGCCGGUGACGAAUACAUGAUCGACCACGCCCACGAUUACAGCUACCCCAAGAUGUCCAGGACCCAGGGCCAGUUCAAGUUGGACAUCGAGUCUGGAGAAUUCAACGACUCCGAGAUCAUCGUCAUGAUGGGUGAGAACGGUACCGGAAAAACCACCUUCUGCAAGAUGCUCGCUGGUGCUAUUCAGCCUGACGGCACAACCAAGAUCCCGAAGAUGAGCAUUUCCAUGAAGCCUCAGACCAUCACACCCAAGUUCCAGGGUACCGUCCGCCAGUUGUUUUUCAAGAAGAUCAAGGCCGCUUUCCUGAGCCCUCAGUUCCAGACUGAUGUCUACAAGCCACUCAAAAUGGACGACUUCAUCGACCAGGAAGUCCAGAACCUGUCUGGCGGCGAAUUGCAGCGUGUCGCUAUCGUCCUUGCUUUGGGUAUCCCCGCCGACAUCUACCUGAUCGACGAGCCCAGUGCCUAUCUUGACUCAGAGCAGCGUAUCAUCACUGCCCGGGUCAUCAAGCGCUUCAUCAUGCACGCCAAGAAGACUGCCUUCGUCGUUGAGCACGAUUUCGUCAUGGCCACCUACCUUGCCGACCGUGUCAUCGUCUUCGACGGUCAGCCCGCGGUUCACGCCCGCGCCCGCGCCCCUGAGUCUCUCCUCUCUGGUUGCAACUCCUUCUUGAAGAAUCUUGACGUCACAUUCCGUCGUGAUCCCAACUCUUACCGCCCACGUAUCAACAAGUACAACUCUCAACUUGACCAGGAGCAGAAGUUGAGCGGAAAUUACUUCUUCUUGGAAGACGAUGCUUGAAGUUGUUCAUGGCCACAAGUACGAUGCCCCUCCACAGCGCCGCCCUGAAGGGCAUGUAGCGAUCAGAGGCACCAAAAGGGGAAAUAAGAGGCGAAGCCUGAGGGCACACCCAAGCUCCCUUGAUGAGGACCUUGAGUGUGAUGAGGAUGAUGAAGAAGACGGAUGACCGUGAUAGUGGUCGACC